AUGACGCCCAAACUAAAAUUCGUCGAAGGCGAAAAAGUAUUAUGUUUCCAUGGACCACUUAUUUACGAAGCCAAAGCCCUUAAAAGUACAAUUACUAAAGAUAAGCAAAUAAAGUACUACAUUCACUAUGCUGGCUGGAACAAAAAUUGGGAUGAAUGGGUGCCAGAGAACCGUGUGCUAAAGUACAAUGAAGCAAAUGUUCAACGUCAAAAAGAAGUAUAUAAACAACAUUCGAAUGCAGCCGGAAAAAAUAAAAAGAGUACACCAAAGGGUAAAAAGGGCGAAGGAGCUGGUGCCACCUCAAAAGACGGUACUGCUAGUGGCAGCAGUGAAUCGCGUGCAUCCACGCCAUCAAAAGAUUUAAACACAACUCCCUUGGCAGCCCCAUCAACCUCGGGAAGAAGUAAUCGCUCAAAACCAACAACUAGUACGCCAGUCGCCAAAGAUAGUGAUGGCAGCGGAAAGGAUGAUACUACUGCCGCUGCUGCAAGUAAUAAAGAUGAAACAAUCAAAGAUGAGCCACCGAAAAAGAAGCGUGGAGGAUCGACCUCAAACGCAAGUGACAAAUCUAAUGGAAGCGGAGCGGGUACAAGCAGUAAUACAAUAUCAACGCCUGCAGCUAGUAGCACAAGCAUUGGAAGUACAGGCUCAUCACAUCAAAAUCGUUUAGACACGUGUGUGGAAAAUGAAGAAACAUUCCUUUCCAAAGUGGAGGUAAAAAUAAAAAUACCAGAUGAGCUUAAGCAAUGCCUCGCCGAUGAUUGGGAUGCUAUUACACGCCAGCACAAACUGCUCGACAUUCCUGCAAAGAUUACAGUUCAGGAUAUUGUUGACCAAUAUAUUGCCUUUAAGAAAACAUCAAAAUCGACAAAUGCUUCCAAAGAAGUAGCAAUUAACGAUGUGCUAAAUGGGGUUGUUGAAUAUUUUAAUGUUAUGAUAGGUUCGCAGUUGCUCUAUAAAUUUGAACGACCCCAAUACGCGGAAAUAUUGCAACAACAUCCCGAAACACCACUUUCCAAACUUUAUGGCGGAUUUCAUCUGCUACGUCUAUUCGUUAAACUUGGAUCAAUGCUGGGAUUCUCCGCACUAGAUGAGAAAUCAAUGCAGAUGCUAUUAGUGCACCUUCACGACUUUCUCAAAUUCCUUGUGAAGAAUAGUGCCACUUAUUUCAGCAUGACUAAUUUUGUAAAUGUUAGUCCGGAGUACCAUCGUAAUACUCAAUGA